CCACCUCCCGCCCGCCAUAUAGUAAUAUGACGGGCGCAAGUCAGUGUCCAUCAGUGCCUUAUGUCAAGUGCUCAUCAGUGCCUCGUGCCAGUGCCCAUCAGUUUUCACAUCAGUGCCACAUAUCAGUGCCUACCAGUGCACAUCAAUGCCACAUAUCAGUACCCAUCUGAGCUGCCUUUCAGUGUCACCCAUCAGUGCCACCUAUCAAAAGCCAAUCAGUGCCACCUAUCAGUGCCGCCAAUCAGUGCCGCCUAACAGUGCCAGGCAGUGCCGCCUAACAGUGCUGCCCAUCAGUGCCAUAUAUCAAUGCUGCCUUUCAGUGCCCAUCAGUGAUGCCUGUCAAUGCCCAUCAGUGCCACCUACCAGUGCCUCCUCAUCAGUGCAGCCUCAUUAGCGCACAUCAGUGAAG